UCAGUGUAUCUCUUCUCUACACCUAAAAAGUUCCAAUUGGCGACUCGUCCGUCGCCUUGCGUGAAAUUGCAGACGUCCGAUCGCAGACUUGAGGCCAAUGAAUGAUGCUCCCUAUCUAAGGAUGUUUCGUCCCAUGCCUCCCGGGCGUCACCUUGGUGCUUCCCUCUCGUUCUCUUUUGAUUCCUCGUGUGCGUCUCGUCAAUCGAAAUCGGAGGUGAGUUCCUUACUUGAGCGCUUCGAUUCGAACUCUGUGGAUCUCAGGAACAUUCCGAUCCAAUUUCGAUGGCAAUCAGCACAUCAACCCGAGCGGGAGAUUCCAAAGGAAUCUCAAAAGUUGGUUUCUGAGUGGGAACGGAUCGCUGCAGAGGGAAGCUCUCUGCAGGUGGAUCCCCACCGAACUGGUUUUGGGAAGAUCCCAAAACCGGGUGCGGUACGAUUACCUCCCGUUUGUCGGAUUUGUGAAGGAAUUUUGGGCGUCGAUCCUUUCCAUGGGACACACGUCGUUCAUCACAAGCACGAAGGGAACCCUAGGUCAUCUCCUUCUGGCAGAUCCAGCCGCACAAGCAGUCCUCCACCAUCUUGCCUAGGGUUCAUGGAUCCACUUCCCUCCGAAGCUCCUUCGCAUUUCGCUGCAAUUGGGAGAUUCGUGGGUUACUUCCAACUCCAACAAGCUGAGAAGGUGAUCCCGAAAUCUUACGCUCAAGUUGUUAGGGAUUCGCUAUCUCCAGGGUUUUGAGGUCUGAGAUGAAUCGGAGAGAGGGUUUUGGUUCUAGUCGCCAAGGACAGGGUGCUGGGCGAACCAAUGCCCUCACCAAUGUUUGGCAACGUAUCGAUGGGUGUGAUCAAAGGGGACAGGAUUAUGAAUCUUAUGAAUCUGAUCAUUCUUGGCUACCUCAACAUGAGCCAGUCCCUAGGGGUUCAGAUAGGAUAGAGGAGUUUGAUAGGAUUGCUGCUGAACAUAGUGAUGAGAGAGAUGAUUGGCGCAGGCCUGGGGGGCGCAAUUCUGAUUUUAAGAAAGAUUCAUAUGCUGGUGGCUCCUCAUCUAGCAAUUGGGAUAGGGCUGCCUAGAACAGUGCUAGAGGAAACCCAUAUGCUGACUUCAAAGAGCAGGAAAACAGACAGUCAAAAGAAAAUCCCAAACAAGAGGAUCAGGGCACACAACCCAACCCUACUGACAACAUGAAACAGCGACAAUUCCCUGGAGGGUCUGAUGAGUCAAAAACUGCUCAGGGGAAACAUCAGAGUGAUAUCAACCAAGGGAAGCAACAGAACCCUGGUAGGCUUGCCUGUACUAUAUGUGGUCUUAAGAAUCACUCUACUGGUGAGUGCAGGAGGAAUAUGUUCUAUGAGUUAUGUGGCUUUGCAAAUCACACUAUCCUUGAUUGCAAGAGGGAACCCUUUUGGAAUGUUGGACCUGAACUAUGUGCUGCACAAGUAAUGAACCAGAGCUUCUUCUAUAUUGAUGAGAAUAUCGACCCUAAAGUAGUCAGAGAAAAAGCUAGCACUGCAAUCAUCACUGUGAGAAAAGGAGAGCUCUCUGCAAAGCAAAUUGAAAAUGAAUUCAAGACAGUGGUUAGUAGUGAGCAUUGGAAGUGGAUUGCUAGAAAGAUUGCUGAUAACAAAUUUGCUAUGAGAUUCCCCUCGGCUAAAAUGGUCUUGGAAUACAGCAAAUUUGAUCUGGGAGUGAAAGGUUUGGAUGUCCAGUUCUCUGUAGAACCCUGGACCUCUGCUGUUUCUGCUAAAGGACAACUGCAACAAGCUUGGUUUAAAGUUGGUGGGAUUCCUGUUGAUCAAAGAGGACUCAGAACCAUUGCCAAGAUUGGUGGUCUGGUGGGAAAAACUAUGCAAAUUGAUGAGUCAACCAGAUUCAAUAGAGAUUUUGUGAGAAUUAAGAUUGCUUGCAGAAAUGUGGAACUUGUCCCUCCAUCUGCUGAGUGUAAUAUGGGCAUGUAUAUCUAUGAUUUUCUCUUUGAAAGGGAGGUUUCUCAGGAUGAUGACAUGUUGAACCAUGAGGUUGCUAAUGCUGUAGAGAACCCUGAGGUUCAAGCCAGUCCUAAAAGGCCAAGAACAGAGACCAUUUUUUAGGCAUCUGGGUCUAAGACUGACAAAGGAAAAGAUCCUAUGAAGGAUUCUUUUCAGGGGAAACAACAUUGUAGAACUGGAUCUGUUGUGGAUGUUGCUGUCAAACUACCUGGCUCUGCUCCUGGUAAACUCUUGUCAAGUAAGUUUAAAGUUCAAACAUCAAAGCCAGUUGAGGGGGAGAUUGGAGAGAAUUUUGGUGUGGAAGAGGCUAUCCCUGCUGCAACAUAUAUUCCCAGAGAUGAUGAUCUCAUUGAUGACAGUGAUAGUAGCACUGAUUUUGAGAAAGAAGUGAAUAUUGUUCUAGGAACAGAAAAUGAUCACAAUGCAAACAAGCAGGAAUCUCAUUGGAUUGCAAGUUGUGAGUUAAACUCUGUUCAGAAAUCCCCAGAUCCUUUCCUUCUUGAAUCUAUUCUUACAAACCAUGAUUCUGCUGAGGUAAGCUCUAAGGAAAACCAAACUCCUAUGACAAAUACCACCAAUAUAUCUUCUAUCCAGCCUGUGCAACAACCUGAACUAGAAUCUGCUACAUACCAAGAAGACCCUGGUCAUGUCAGUUCACUUGUAAGCCCAAGCCCUGUUGUGUUGGGAGAAGAACAAGAGGUGCUGCCACAUGACUCUCUGAACAAAACUGAGUGUAGGCUUGGUACAAAAACUGUCAAUCUGAAGCUCCUUCAUAACCCCUGUGAGGAAAUCAAGAAGACUAGAGAAGAAAGAAGAACUAGUGACAGACAAAUGCUGAACCUCUUGAAGACAGAAAAUGAUGCUCCUCUUAAAAAGAGAUCCUUUGAAGGUUUGUAUGGUGCUGAUCUACAGAGCAAGAUUCUGGAAGGUGGCAAAGUACUUCUGGCGUGUGCUUACAAGGUCCUGGCCCAAGAACCCCGACCACUGAUCUACCUUCCGGCACAUCAGGAUGAUGAUUCUGACGAUGAGACUGAUGCCUGAUUAAGUCUUCUCUUUGCUGAAGUCGUGCAGCUGGUGUUUUGCCCUUUUGUUCUAUGUCUUUUCGCACUUGGCUGUGGUCUGUACGCUAGGCUGUCUUUAUGCGUCUUUUGCUUAAGGUUGUAAUAAAGUACUUGUUAGGAGGCUUGCUUUAGGAAUCCUAGAGCUUUGGAGGAAUUUGGGGUAGAGCGUCUGAGUUUUGAAUGUCAAAGCUCAGUCGUUUCUCAGUUUCCCUUCCCUCUUCUCGUUCCCUUUUCUUGUAUCAGACUUUCAGUAUUUCUGUUUGCAAUGGAAAUGGGGUACAGCCAGGGGCGGAUCCAACGUGGGGGCAUGGGGCUUCAGCCCCCCUCCCCCAUGUUGUCCAUUGGA